AUGGCUGGUAUUUUAUCCGGUGAUGAAGUCGGUUUGAAUUAUUUCAAAGAUAUUACAACAAUGUUUGUCGGUAUUAUGAUUUUAGCUUGUGCCAUGGAGCAUGUUUGUUUGCAUCGACGAUUGGCAUUAUUAGUACUUAAAUAUGUUGGUUCAUCAAUUAUAUGGAGCAUGGGUGGAUUAAUGAUCGUCACAGCUUUUUUGAGUAUGUGGAUCAAUAAUUCAGCUUCUGCAAAUAUAAUGAUACCGACAGCAUUAGCCAUUGUCAAUGAACUUCAAAAUUAUCAACAAGCAACCAACCGAACAGCUGUGGCUAAUGAGAAUGAUAACCAUCAAAAUUCGACAGAUACACUCGAGAUACAGACAUUUUCGGACAAACAAUCAAUAGAACAGCCAUCUGUGCUUGAAAAUAUUGUCAUUACUUCGAAUAUUCAAACGAUUGAAGAUACACCUACCAAUAGUCAAUUCAAACGCUCUUCAAAAAAUUUUUUAAAUACUUCGUUUACAAAUCAAGUCGACUGUGAACAACUUAAAACUGGUUUUCUUAUUGCUGUAGCCUACAGUGCAGCCAUUGGUGGCAUGAUAACACUAGUAGGAACGGGUCCAAAUAUUUUUGUUAAAGGUUUUACUGAUCAUUAUGUAACAGAUGGAACAACUGGUAUAAUCAUCGGUUGUCUUCCACUUAUUCUACCCAAUAAGAAUCCAUUUCAUGAGGAAUGGGAAUAUCAUCCGAUUCUCACAUGGGAUCAAUUAUCAAAAUCAUUUCCUUGGGGUGUGUUUAUGUUGCAAGGUGCAGGCUUAGCGAUUGCUGAUGGAUUCAAAGUAUCAAAUCUGUCAAGUACUAUUGCUGCUUUUCUUCAUUUUAUUGUCGGAGCUCCUCAAACAUCAAUUAUUCUUGUUGUUAUUAUAAUCAGUGCUGUAUUUACUGAAUUCACAAGUAACCUUGCUUGUGCCACUAUUCUAUUUCCCAUUUUGGACAGUGUUGCGAAAACAGCAAAUAUUCAUCCUGGAUAUCUCAUCUUACCAUCAUGUAUGGCUGUUUCUUUGUCGUUCAUGUUACCGAUUGCCACUCCACCCAAUGCAAUGAUAUUUAUAAGUGGCAAUAUGAAAACUAGGGAUUUACUUAAAGCUGGAUUUGGUAUGAAAAUUAUUGACUCUGAAUUAUGUACAAAAUCAGUUGUUGGCAAAACAUCAAUUGAAUUGGAUGUUACUUGUAUACCAUAUAAUGCUACUGCACAAUCUAUAGCAUAA